UCCGCUCUCCGCCCGAAACCCUCGCCUACAUCCUCCCCCUCCCAGUUUCGCCCAAAGUUCCCAUCUUUAUGUCACUCCUCUACAGGUUUCGCCCAAAACCAUAGCCUUCGUGAACGAACCUUCGCGGUACAGUCGCCGUUAGAGCUAGCUUCGAAGACAACAACGGGAUCGCGGCUUACAGAGACUACCGAGACUCCCAUCUUUCUCAUCUUUCCGCUCCCCUCCUACGAGAAACCAUCGAGGAAGUGGUGUAAGGCUUCAAUUGGUCAUCCGUUCAGCGAGGCUUUCGACACAGGAGUUUAAGACACAAUAUAUUAUUUAUGGACUUAAAUGCAUCUCCUUUACCUGAAGAUGAUGAUCAACCUUCUCAAGAACAAGUUGAGGAUGAAAUUUUAGAUCAACCAAUAUAUGAGUCAUCCGUGCAGACCUUGCAUAGAGAAAGGGAAGAACGGCGGCGCCGGUUGAAAAGAGAGAACCGAGAUGAAGGUCCCAAGCGACAUCCAAAAUCAACAAGAAAUGACUUCAUGACUCAAAGUAAAGGAUCUAGAUAUGCUGGAAAAAUAAGAUCAAUUCCCCAUGGUUGGUUGGAUUGCCCUCCAUUUGGUCAAUGCUUAGGAGGAAGUAUUGUUCCUUCAAAAGUUCCUUUGGAUGAAACCUAUAAUGAUGCAGUGAUUCCCGGCAGAAGAUAUUCUUCAAAGCAAGUGAUUAAUGGCCAAAGAAGAUUUGGUCGUGAACUUGGUUUGGUCGUGGAUUUGACAAAUACAACAAGAUAUUAUUCUCCAUUAGAAUAUACAAGGCUGGGCAUUAAAUAUAUUAAGAUUGCUUGCAAGGGACGUGAUGCUGUACCGGAUAACGAGUCCGUGAAUAAAUUUGUAUAUGAGGUCAUGCAGUUUAUUGGCCGUCAAAAGCAUUCUCGUAAAACUGUACUUGUUCAUUGCACUCAUGGUCAUAAUCGCACCGGCUUUAUGAUUGUCCAUUAUCUUGUACGCACUAAAUUGUGCUCUGUUACUGAGGCACUUCAUGAAUUUGAGGUAGCUCGUCCUCCAGGAAUCUAUAAAAGGGAUUAUGUAGAGGCAUUGUAUACUUUUUACCAUGAAAGCCCUGAAAAGAUGGUUUGCCCUUCUACCCCUGAUUGGAAAAGAUCUUCUGAUCUUGAUUUGAAUGGUGAAGCUGUUCAAGAUCAAGAUGACGAUGAAGAUUUUGAUAACACGGGUUAUUUACAUGAGCAGCAUCAGGAGAAUGGUCCUAUAACUAUCGAUGAUGUUUUGGGGGAUGCAGUAUGUUAUGAUGAGCAAGAGUUUUUGCGCCAAAAAUGCUACUCUCUAUUUGAAUUGUCUCCCACCGGUAAGGGAACUUCACAAUUUCCAGGAUCUCAUCCUGUAUCUUUGAAUAGAGAUAAUUUGCAACUUCUAAGGCAGCGCUACUAUUAUGCUACUUGGAAAGCUGAUGGCACCAGAUAUAUGAUGCUUAUUGCCUUACAUGGCUGCUACUUGAUUGAUCGAAAUUUCUGCUUUCGGAGGGUCCAACUGCGUUUUCCAUUAAAGGUUGAGAUUGAGGGUUGUCUAUUCCAUCAUUACACAUUAAUUGACGGGGAAAUGAUCAUUGAUGCUGUACCUGAUAUUGGACUGAAGAGGAGAUAUCUGGCCUAUGAUUUAAUAGCACUUAAUAACCAGUCCGUUAUUAAGUUGCCCUUUUCUGAGAGGUGGAAAUUACUUGAAGAAGAAGUCAUUCGGCCUCGAAACAAUGAGAAAAAAAAUAUUGAACGUGAUGGAAAAGGGAGCUUAACAUAUAGAUACGAAAUGGAGCCAUUUGGAGUAAGGCGGAAGGAUUUUUGGUUAUUGUCAACUGUUGGUAAACUUUUGAAAGGGUUUAUUCCUAGUCUUUCACAUGCAUCUGAUGGCCUUAUUUUCCAGGGCUGGGAUGAUCCAUACAUUCCUCGCACACAUGAAGGUCUUUUAAAGUGGAAAUAUGCUGAAAUGAAUUCAGUCGACUUCCUGUUUGAGGUACAGACUGGGACUGACAAUCGCCAAUCAGUUUUUCUUUAUGAGAGAGGAAAGAAGAAGCUUAUGGAUGGUUGCCGAGUUGCUUUUAAGGAUGAACAUAAUGAUGAUUUACAAGAUUAUUCAGGAAAGAUAAUAGAGUGUUCAUGGGACCAAGAGAAUGGUUGCUGGGUUUGUAUGCGUGUCAGAACUGAUAAAUCUACACCAAAUGAUAUCAAUACUUAUCGGAAGGUAAUGAGGAGCAUUUCAGAUAACAUUACAGAGGAUGUGCUUCUGAAUGAGAUAUCAGAGAUUGUGCGGCUUCCUAUGUAUGCUGACAGAAUAGAGAAAGCGUAUCAGCUGCAGCAUCGCCGUCGAUGAUGUAAUCAUUUGCUUGUGGGCCGUUACAAGCUAUUUAUUUAUCCACGCACUCUACCUGAAGAAAAUUAGAGCUUUAUUACCAGCAGAUUUGGUUUUCCAUUAGUUAGCUUGUAAUUACUUGUAGGUUUAAAAUAGCUUUUCUCUAUUUUUGGCGCUUGCCAAUAUGAUUUAUCAAUGCUAGGAGCCAAACCAGUAGCUGCUAUGUAGAUAUAAUCUCUCACUUCACCGUGUAAAUUUCCCUGCUUUUGUUCUCCUGCUCUCACAAGCUAUUUAGUGCCGCUGUAUUGCAGUUUUAAAUAAAAAGAUAUGGUCUGUUUGUCAUACUUUAUGCUACUUUUGGAGUUGAUUUUUUUUCUAUGUUCCGUAGGCAAUUUUUGUAAUUUUCAUU